AUGAAGAAAUACUUGGUAACUUUCGUGUGGCUUUUGUCUUCUUUGUUUAUCGAUAGGGUGGAAUCGACUGGUACUUUGGACCAAUUAUCAGUUCGAACAGCAACCCCAGGUUCAUCAGGGAGCCCAAGAAGCGAAAUUGAUUUGGAAACAGAUAAGUCUGUCAUUAUUUGUGCUGGUCAGAACAAGUCAUUGGAAUGUUUCUCUCCUGGAUCAACCAUCGCUAUAGAGGAAGCUUUCUGGGGACGCUUGUCAGCCGAAAUAUGCCCUUCGGAGGACGGAGACCCUGUCACGAACUGCCUCAGUGAUCCCACCACCACACCUAUCGUACGGAAUCUGUGCGAUGAUAAGGAAUACUGCGAGAUACCCGCCCGGCACAACAUUCUACAGCCCCCAGGGGUUAAACACUGCCCCGGUGUAAAUAAAUAUUUGGCUGUUAAGUAUACAUGUAUGCCUGAAAAACGAAAAUUUGUGCUGUGCAACGGUGAGACAACUGAGCUUCAGUGCGGUCAGGGAUGGAAGAUACAUAUCAUGUCAGCCUACUGGGGUAGAGAUUCGCCUUCUACUUGCCCUACUCCCCUGGGGAAGUUCUUCACCUGCGCAAACUCAGCAAGCAGCAUUUUAGCUUUGAAGGAGAGAUGUUCUGGAAGGGAGAGUUGCAUUGUAACGGCAGAUGAUAAACAUCUCACUAAAGAUGGAAACCACUGUCCAGGGAUUGACAAGUAUGCUCUGAUCAGCUACAGAUGCCAGCCACCUAGUGAUGUCGUGGCAGAUCUGCCCAACUCAGAUGGCGAAAAGCAGCUGCUUGAAGCAUCACAACAGGACACAGUCAGACCACUACACUCCUUGCUUCAUCUGACACCAAAUGCGAAGACUCCAUUCCCCGCUCAGAGAGUUGGUGAACUAAACUUAAGCAUGUUGCUUCCAGUUCCUCAGUACAAUCAUUCUGAUCAGCUAAAACCAAUUUUCGAUUUUCUCGGAGGACAAAGUGACGGAAAGAGUAAAUCAUUGCUCGGAGAAAAUCUUCCUGUUCCAAAAGAUUCCCGGCCGCUUUUGUCAAACAAAAAGGACACCUCAACUUCAGCAGCUCAAGGUGGCAUUGGAGCUUCUUCACUCGCGAAACACAAGGGUAUAACACUAUCAAGAAAGCUGCCUGUGGCUAACCUCGCUUUGAACUCUGAACCGGGCGUGGGUAAUAGCCAGGAGUCUCCCACAAAAAAACCUGAGGUUAUCUCACGUGUAAAUCCAACUUCCUCCAUGAAGUCAGUAUCAUCUAAUGAAGCGAACGUUCACGAUGUCUUAAAUGCGAUAUCGCCUCUGUCUAAAAAUUCCCCUCCACAAACAUCUUUAGAGUCUUCAAUGAAUCAAUCACCAAACCCGCAAGUCUCUACUACAAUAGAGCCAUUUGAGAGCCUUAUAAAAACUUUUUUGACGAGCAAAUUUGGACAAACGUUGUCGAAAAGUCUACUUGACUCGGGUAGAACCGAGGAUUCUUCAUACAAAAACAUAAUGGCGCAGCAUUUUGGCUCUGCUGUUCAAGCAAGCCCACCUUCAGUCAGUAAGACAUCAACAAACGAACACACGAUCGCAAAUCUCCUAUCCGGCCUGAUACAUCAACCGUCAGGCCAUGGACCAGCAAGAAUUUCGGCCGCAAACAAGGACAAUGAACAGAUAGCCACUAAGGGUAACAACAAAAUGUCCUCUGCGACGAUUUCUAUAGGAAAUAAAGAAUUUUCAUUGGCUGAUUUAUCCAAAGCUUUAAACAACGAUCAGGAGGCUCCAAAUGAAUUACAAGGUACAAAAACAGAAGUUCAGUCAUCAAAAGAGAGUCACAAGCAGCGAACCAAAGAGAAAAUUAGGAAGCUAAAUGAAAAGAUUGCCACACUAGAAACUCUAAGCGAUGCAUUGGAUGCUUUAACAACGCGACUAUCGCCAGAGGAAAGCCAAGGAGAAAACAAGCAGGAAGAAAUCUCGCCCAGCUCAGAGGAACCAGUCUCUUCAGGGCGAGACAGACGUAGAAAGCAUCAUACGCAUCAUCGUCGUCAUCAUCAAAGUUAUGAGUUCACGCAAGACAUGAAUAUGAUAGGAUCCCUCUUAGGUUGGGAUACACCCGAUACAGAGGUAGAGAAGGAAACUCCUCUCGUUCGAAAAAAGGAUGAGGAUUCGAACUCAAUUGAGGGGAUAAAAGGGAAUAAAGGGUUAAGUUCAAAAGACUUACAAACUUUGCAAAGCAAGAUAAAUCAGGCGAUAGAGCUGGCUGAAACUGCAGGAAGAAAGAACGAUUCUAAGAGGCCAACUCCAUCCGCGUUGUUACCGCUCCUUUUAUCGGGAAAGUUAGGUGAAGAUGUUGGGGCACAAACACGAGAAGAAGUAGCAACCAUUCAUUCCAGCCAAGGAUCAUCAAAAGGAUUUCUUCCAGCCACGGACAAGGAGCUGCAAGCGUUGCAAGAUAUUUUAACUAGGCUGAUUGAUAACGCCAUGAGAAAGGGUACAUUGAAGCAGUUAGUGAAACGAUGGGAUAAGAGUGGAGGUCCGUUUGCAGACAUUGCAAGAAACAUAUCAGAAUAUUUAAAGGGAAACAGCAAAAUGAAAAGACCAGUUACACUGCUGGGAGUUGCAAAAAACUUUGCCGGUAAAGGUGCAACAGUUCCAGGUAAUUUGACUUCCCAGUUGUCAAAAGGCGCUGCGGGUCAAAACAGCAGAUUUAACGAUAUCAAAACGUCUGCUCUUUUUACUGAAGCUGUGAACGAACUGCUUGGAGCACUUUCGAAGCGCCAUGGACUACACAGAAGAAAUUCCACGAACCGUUCGUCAUUUGUGUCAACUAAUACUCUCGUUAACUUUAAAGGAGUACUUCUUGGAGGGCGCAUUAACAAGCUCCCACCCCCAGAAGAUCCGCUAGCUGUCAUGGAAAGUAAGGUCCUUGCAGAAAUCUUGAGCGGAAAACAAAACAAAACGCUCGUCAAAAAUUCUUCUGGAGCUAACAAAGCACUGAAUAAAGAUAGCAGCAGAAUUGACCUGACGCACAAUAAUCACACACAACUGGUUCAACAUCCUUUAGGUGAACAGAGUAAACAAAAACUCUCCUUCUCAAGCUAUGAAAAAAAGAAUGUAUCUAAAAGCAUUCGGAAUAACACCUUAAUGGAUUUCAUGAACAGUAUGGAGAUAUCUGAGAGAGCUAAAAGCCUUCCAAAGAAUGCUAAACCUGGUAAUAAACAUUCUAAAGUGAGUCCUCAUAUCGAUGAUUUGAUGACGGUGAUUGCAGCAAGUCUAUUAGAUCUUAAUGAGGUCAAAGAGGGGAACUCUUCAAAACACAAGCCAUUAAUAAAAUACGACGAAAGUGGUAUUGAUAAAUUUCCAAAUGACCAUAAGAUAAGCGACUUUUCUAGUGGAGACGCUAUACUGCAAGCACCCACAGAUCACUCAGCAAAUGUUACCAGCAAUACCAGCAGCAGUAAUCGAUCCAGUGAGCUGAAUAAGUCUACGAAAUUGCCUAUUAAAGUUACUUUGCAACAGAAUAAUACGAAAGACGUUUUACCCAAUGAAAAAGCCAAAGUUACAGCUGGAGGAACCCAGAAAAUUGACUCCGGUGAUCAGACAGUAACGUUAACUUUGGAAACGUUAGAUGACGUUCCCACGCCCUCCCAGCCACCCGAUGAAACGUCAACGAUACAAACCGGAUUACGUAAUAACAAAGUGCCACAUUACCUCAACGUUCAAUCAGUGGUAACACUAGGUAAAAUAAACGCCACUCAUGCGAAAGAUAAAGAGCAUUCCUUUACACAAAGAAUAAUCAAAGAGGAACCAAAGGUGGAAUCUGAUUUUACCGCAGACACAAGGAAGCCUGAAGUAGCUUUGCCAUCAGAUGAUGACGGAAAAUUAACGACCAUCUCGGCUUCCCCUGAGUUAAAUCCUGAAACUGAGGAAAAUACCCAGAAGCCCUCAAACCCAGAUCUUCCCCUAAAUUUGCAAAUGAAUGCCAUAGGUAGAAUAGCAGGAAAUACUGACCAGUCAUCCUUCACACCCGCUGAUCUAUCUGCUGCCUUGACGUCGAUUCCAGAGCUCUCCCCUGGAUCCUUGGCCUCUAACAAUGGCGAGACAAAAUCUUUCGAAGACAAAGUUUUACCAAUAGCCUCAGAUUUAACACUUUCAACCGAUUCUAAAAGUAGAGAAACCGAAAGUAUCGUUUCAAAAGUGUCACCUUCUAAUGAUUACAAUUCUAGCCUUAACAAACCAAGUUCUACUACUAUCACACAAGGAGGCGACACCACACCAACUGCAGCUGAAAUACGAGAAAUAUCAACCUCAAUCAAGGCUUUGUUGAAAGUUCUGAACACCUAUUCAAAGAAGUUAAGACUUGAGGACGAUCAAGGCGAAGAAGCUUCACCGAAGGGCACACUCCCUACAAGUAGCAGCACAGUCAGUAAAAUGAACACUAGUGGUACAAAAGUAAAGGAAGAGGAGCUGAAAAAACCUUGGAAAACAGAGCUUCCCGCAACAAAGUAUACCAGCAACGUAUAUGCAAGCUUUCCUGUCUCAUCACCGACACUACCCAAAUAUGCUGAUAGUGGCGUGUUCGAAAAUAUUCAGGAACAGCCACGUACAGAAGCAAGUAACUUCAAUUGGAAUCCAGCACAAGAGCGCAUGCGUGCCCAAUUACCUUUCGACGUGAGCCCCACGAAGACAAGCUUGGAGCCUCAAAUGGGUGCUGAACAGUGGAGGCCUGGGAACGAAAUGAAUACCAUCGGUGAAGAGCUUAAAGAGUUGAAUUUACCUUCCAUUGAGGAUGACCCCACAGUGCGAGCAGUUCAAAAAAUGGUUGCAGACGAAAAUGCGUUGAUAAGCCAGAAACGAAAAGCGAUUCAAAGGGUCAAGCCUCAGGUUUCUAGUACGGCUAAGAGUCAACCGCCAGGUAGGCUAGGAGUGUUCAGUCGCAAUAAAAUACCGAAACACAGAGGUCAUCCAAGAAAUAGUUCACUUGUGGAAGGUAAAAAGAACCACAAGAAAUUUCCUUCUUUGGAUCAAAGUAACAAGAAAAUGAAGAAGGAUGCAAGAGGCAGGAAAAUCAUCGCAAAGCUGAGCAACGACACGAGUUCUCACCACAACACAUCGAUUGUUGGUAACAUAACAACCCCCCUACCUACCCCACAAAGGAAUGUAACCCACCAAAAUGAUAAAAAAUUCUACGUUAAAAAAGUGAUACGGAAAAACACACACUAUACCAAGACAAUGAGGAACAGAGACGAAAUACCCGGCGAACCCGUCAAUACACAUAGACUUAACGAUUCUGCGUAUGAAUUGCAAGACAAGUGGAAUAUUCAGAAAGGGCCGGUUCACACAAACAUAACUUCUGCUGGAGUGUCUGCGGCUCUGAAAAGUACCAAGCACGGAAAACGAAAAGGGAAAACUUCCGCUGAAGAAAAAAGUUAUGACGGAUCACACCGCACUAAUGUCGUCAGUAAUGUAAAAAGUGUCAAGAAAAUCACAAAAGGAAAACUAAACGUCGCUGUCAUUAAAGGAAUCGCCCCAAAUAUAAAUGGAACUGUUUUAAAACAGAACCACGAUAAACCAUCAAACGUCACAAGCAAAAUAAACUAGCGACUUAAACUUUAAAUCCUUGCACGAGAGAUCAGCCGGGUUACGUCAUAAAUGCAUACUAGGUUAGCCCUUUAACCUCAAAGAGCGCUUGGACACUAAUUUCUCCUUACAGUAUCAGCCU